AACCAAAUGUCAUACUACUCAGUCUGUUUUCUCAUCGAUGAAUCGGAGACAGCAACCCCUAUUUCAUGGCAUAUACUGGUUAACAACAAACUCUUCAAACACAGGAGUAGCUAGAAUUAGCAUUCCCUGUCUCUAAGGUUCUCACCACCUUCAAGGAUAAAUGGGUUGGAGGCCUGGGGAUCAAGGCUUCAAGUGCUUAAGUCUCCCUGGCAUUCCAGCUUCCACCUUCAGUUCAACAAGGGGUAAAGGAGCUCGUAGUGACAAAAUGUUUAGGAGCCCGAGUUCCACAGCUCAUCAGCUGGGAGAUCUUACAGGCAUUCGUUCCUAUUCACUCCAAGGCACUGAAAUCUUUGUUUACUAUGUAUUUUGGGCUGGCUCCAAACUCUGGCUCUUCCUGCCUCAACCAGAGUCUGAGAUUACAGGUGUGCAGGACCGCGCCUAGAUUCCAGUACUCUGUCAAAUGGGGAUUGUGUUCCAGUGCAGUGUACAACGGGCUGUUCAGUAGGCAGGCUUGGGGAUGAAUGAAGCUUUCUGCCAGCCUCAUCCCCACAAGCAUGUGUCUUCUCCAUGUGGCAUGCACUAGAGGCCCUGUUGCACCUAGAACCAAGUUGGGCAGGUUCCUGAAGUCCCCCAAUCCGGCAAACACUAAAGUGGGAGUAAGAAUAAAGCAAGUUGGCCACUUCCCUAGCAGGACUCUCAAGGUGCCACUCCUCCUUCUUAGCCCCUCAUAGGCAAGACCCAGCUAAGGAAAGAGGAUCUUUGGAACGCCCCAGAGAAUGCGUCCGCUGGCCUCGCGGGGCGUCGAAGCCGGUUUCCUAGACGACCUUUCUCCACUCCAGUUUCUCACUGUCCCAAGGCUACCUGUAGCCAGUCCUCUUGGCCUCACUAGCUGCUGUUCCAGGCCCAUACCCGAGUCAUUGGGUACGCCAAGAAGUGGUGAGCAGCUCGUUGAACAAGAAGGCACGGUUGAGAGAGACUUAAGCUCCACGAGGAACGCUAGGAAGAAAAGCUGAGCGCCGCUGGGCAUGGGAUGCCGGCUCAACCCCAGGCAGCAGUCGGGUUGGCGGAGCGCCACGUUUAGUCCCCAAGUGUCGCGGCGCCCUGCAACCCGACCUCCCGAGGGCCCGCCCCUUCGUGCCUGCCCCCAAGCCCCGCCCUCCCUCAGCUGCCAGAAAAACCCGGCUGAAGGUUCCGCCCCUCGGUCCCCUCUCAGAGCCUUGUCCCUCAAGCCCCGCCCCUCUCCAAAAGACCCGCUUUGCGGCCCCACCCCUUAGACCCCGCCCCCUCGGGUUCUGCCAACAGCCUUCGGAAAGCCCGGUUGAGGCCCCGCCCCCGGACGAGGCCACGCCCCUGCCCAUCCGCGCCUGUGGUUCCCGCUGAUCUCUCCAAAGUUCCGCGGCCAGGGGUGUCGGCUUUCUGCCGCCGGCGGCCGGUGCUGCGCUAGGUCCUAGCCCCCCCGCCCCCGGCCCCUCCUUCGAGCGCUGUGGUCGGGUAGCGCCUGGCGGGCGGCCUGCGGGCGGGCCGUCCUCUCAGCCGUAGCCCACCCCCCUCUUAAAGCCGCGGCGGGAAGAUGAGGUUUCGUGAUCCGUUCCUGGGCGGCAGCGCCGCGAUGCCGGGCGCGACCCUGCAGCGGGCCUGCCGCCUGCUCGUGGCCGUCUGCGCGCUGCACCUCGGCGUCACCCUCGUCUAUUACCUCUCUGGCCGCGAUCUGAGCCGCCUGCCCCAGUGGGUCGGAGUCUCCUCUACCCUGCAGGGCAGCACGAACGGCGCGGCCGCGAGCAAGCAGCCCCCGGGAGAGCACCGGCCCCGGGGCGCGCGGCCGCCGCCUCCUUUAGGCGUCUCCCCGAAGCCUCGCCCGGGUCCCGACUCUAGCCCUGGUGCAGCUUCUGGUCCCGGCCUGAAGAGCAACUUGACUUCGGUGCCAGUGCCCACCACCACUGGACUGUUGUCGCUGCCUGCUUGCCCUGAGGAGUCCCCGCUGCUCGUUGGCCCCAUGCUGAUUGACUUUAAUAUUCCUGUGGAUCUGGAGCUUUUGGCAAAGAAGAACCCAGAGAUAAAGAUGGGCGGCCGUUACUCCCCCAAGGACUGUAUCUCUCCUCACAAGGUGGCCAUCAUUAUCCCAUUCCGUAACCGGCAGGAGCACCUCAAAUAUUGGCUGUAUUAUUUGCAUCCAGUCCUUCAGCGCCAGCAACUCGACUAUGGCAUCUACGUCAUCAAUCAGGCUGGAGAUGCCAUGUUCAAUCGAGCUAAGCUGCUCAAUAUUGGCUUUCAAGAGGCCUUGAAGGACUAUGAUUAUAACUGCUUUGUGUUCAGUGAUGUGGACCUCAUUCCGAUGGACGACCAUAAUGCCUACAGGUGUUUUUCACAGCCACGGCACAUUUCUGUUGCGAUGGACAAGUUCGGCUUUAGCCUGCCAUAUGUUCAGUAUUUUGGAGGUGUCUCAGCUCUCAGUAAACAACAGUUUCUUGCCAUCAAUGGAUUUCCUAAUAAUUAUUGGGGUUGGGGAGGAGAAGAUGAUGACAUUUUUAACAGAUUAGUGCACAAGGGCAUGUCUAUAUCACGUCCAAAUGCUGUGGUUGGGAGAUGUCGCAUGAUCCGACACUCAAGAGACAAGAAAAAUGAGCCCAAUCCUCAGAGGUUUGACCGGAUCGCACAUACAAAGGAAACUAUGCGCUUUGAUGGUUUGAACUCACUUACCUACCAAGUGUUGGAUGUAGAGAGAUACCCAUUAUAUACCAAAAUCACAGUGGACAUCGGGACACCGAGAUAGCAUCUUGGUACAAAUAAGAGACCUGAGAAUGGCUAGAGACCUCAGAAGUGUGUCUCUGCCAGCCGACUGGGCUGGUCCCUCUCAUUUGUGCAGUCUGAAUGAUACUUCUUCUUCCUUAUCAUUCAGACGUCUUCCCAGAUGCCCAGGGUGAAUAUAAUGUUUACCCACAACCCGGCUUGGCACUGGAUGAAAUUCUACAAGGUGUUUAUCAGUGUAAAAAGGUCAGCCUUUGGAGAGGCAUCAUGGACCUGUCACCCCCAAAGAGUCAGAACUGUACACAGUUCAGAACUUGGUGACUGUGGGUCACAUUCCCACUGUUGGAACUGCUAAAUUGUGACGUGGGUAAGAACUUUGCUUUAAUUGGCGAUGUUCAUACUUCGUGGCAAAUUGAGACUGCUGCUGGAUUCAGAUUGACAAGAUAUUCUUGAAUUUUUUUUUUUUAUAUACAAAAAUCAAAAUUUCACUCAGUCUCCUGUUCUGUCCCUUUCCGUCGGUAUGCAACGAUUACAAUCACUGUGUGUGUGUCUUUUCUUAGCAAAAGAGUUUUAAAACUUGAGCCUGGAACUUGGUGUCUUGCAGUGUGUGGAUUCCAAGGCCUUGCCCUCAGAGCAGGGUCCUGGGUACUCACUCACUUACGUGGCCUGUCUCCAGAUCCGCGUCUGAUUUCUGAAUGUAAAGAGAUUUUCUUGUUGUUGUUGUUUUUGUUUUGUUCUGUUUUUUGUUUUUAGAAGCAGUCUGUAGUAUUUUAAAGAAUAAAUCAAGUUGUGAUUAUGCUAUAGGAUGAUUUUGUGUUGAUCCAAAUUGGAAUAGCUAUUAUUGAGUGUUGUAUUUUUUGUGACUUUAUUUUUCUGGGCAUGCUAUAUAAACUUGAAUUUCCUAUGUAUUUUUAUUGUGGUAUUUUAAAUGUGGGGGAAGGGAUUGAGUAUUUUUUAGGGGAAAAAAAAUAACGUAUGCUGUAGUAGUCACAAACGAGCGAGCCUCUGAUUUAGCUGGCAAGUCAGGUUUUGUAAAGAGCAAAAUUUCUUCCAGGUCCCUUGCUAAGGGAACAGGUCACAUUACCCUGCCAGAACUUGGGAGACAGCAUCUGCUUACCUGGCAGAACUCUCCCUCCACUCCCGCAGGUGGGCUGGGUGGAAGCACACUCACCCUCCUAGAACUGACCCCCUCAUGGCCUCAGGCUGUGGGGUUGAAAAAUUGUAGCAGUCAGGUUGUUUACCAUCCCCCCAAGCCUCGGCACCACACUCCCUGACCCACCCAAAGUUACCGGUUCUCCUUUUCACCUGCUCUUUCCCCUUCCUUCUCUCCUCUCCCUUCUCACCCUCUUUGCUUCCUUCCCUAAAAUUCCCUGUGGCCCUCAGGGUCAGACGAUUCUUUCUCCAACAUGACUGUGUCUUUUAAUUAGAGGUCUAGAAAGUUCACCUGAACCCAUCCCCAUUCUUCCUGAGAAUCCUGGUGCCUCGAAAGCCCCUCAUCGACACUCAGGGUUUAGCGGGUGCUCCCAAUGCUCACUCUAACCCAUGAGAUGUCAUUCACAAACCAGCCCGUGCCGGGCAGUGUGCUGUGCCUGCGGUGACGUAGCUGGAAGCACGAACUCAGGUCCUUAAGCUGAGAGGGCUUCAAAGACGAAGCCUGGGUUGGGAUGGUAAAUUUCAGCUAUCUAAUCCCAGAGCUAAGCCCUUUCUGCUUGUGGCAACCUGGACUCCAGCCCUAAGUAUAGAGGCGGCAUGGAUGGCUGGCCCUCGUCCUACCUGUGCCUUUAUUGCUCUGAGCACCACAGUCUCUUAACUUGCUGACUUCUCCAGAAGCUUUUUUAUGUGUGGGUUAGAAAGUCUUUUCACCAGUCAAAGCAGCCAGGCUGUGCAGUCUGUGCUCUCUCGAUUGGUUCCCCAGGCCUCUAGAAGGCAUUAAAACCAAGACUGGAUGCACCGAGAGGAGCUUUUUUCCCUGUCCCUAGAUCCUGACUUUUCCAAAGUGCCUUAAAAGAAGAGAGACAGACACAUUGAGUGUGUUGCUUCUUUCUCUCCUAAAGCGAAACUCUGCCUUUUCUCUACGCUGUUCCUGUUGGGUUCUUAUUCAUGUCAAAUAUGUGGUCCAGUCUCAGAACCAAGGGAAGUUAUCUUGCCUGUUCCUCCCGUUUCCUCCCUUCUGGCAUCCUUUGGGGGCACCUCCGGCCCAAGGCACUGUUAGGCCUGGGCAUUUGCCUGGCCCCAGAGAUGCCACUGGGGACUGGAAGAUUGAGGGGACAGGGAACCUUCCCUUCACCUGGGAAUUCUGACCCUGGUGUCACAUGCUCUGUCUGUAUUUUUGAUGAUGACCUGUGUGGCGUGGCCUUUAUGAAAGAUCAGAAGCACAGGAAGGCAAAGGAAACGCACUGCCCUUUAGCCUGGCUGGGUCUCUGCCGGCUGGGAUGUUCCAGACCUGUGAUGCUGUGUAUGUAUUUUGAUACCCCAUGUGUGCAGAUGUAUUUACCCUUGGGGCUGGAGGUGGGUGACUGUCUCUGACCCUGAUGUUCAGAACAGACAUCUGUAUUUUUGCCUUUUAAAUGCAGUAAUAUAACAUGAAUAAAUGACCCUAUCUUUGUAA